AUGAACAUCAGCGAGAGAGCUUCAGUUGAUGAUGGACAAGCAGUCGCAACCAAGAAAGCUCGGAGGCGGAAACCUCGUCAAACCACCAAAGGAAAAUUGGACAAGAAUGCUGAUAUAGUAGUUACAGAAGGGAACUUAAUAGGAAAAGGAUCUGGCAAUGAGAGUGGGUUGACUAUGGAAUCGAACGAUCCUCCUUUGAAACUGUAUACAAUGGAGCUUUGUAAGAUCUGCAAGAAGACGUUGUACAUCGCCCACGAAACUGAUGAGGACGGAAACCCGAAGACACCGCUGUGUGAUGGCUGCAAGAUGCAGGAAAGCGCCGAAGACGGUGGUGAGGUUUUCACUUGUGAUGUAUGUUCGCAGAGUUUUGCACACUUUCGGGAACUUGGAGCACACAUGCGGACGCACGCCAGCGGUAAGACCCACCAGUGUGAUGAGUGUUUGAAGUGUUAUUCAGACCGCUCUGGUUUGCUACGUCAUAAGAAGAUUCAUUCUGGGGUUAAACCGCAUCACUGUGAAAUCUGCUCCAAAAGCUUCACCUUUGCAAACACCCUUAAGGUUCAUAUGAGAACACACAGCAAGGAUAGACCGUUUAGCUGUGAAAUUUGCCACAAGAACUUUGCGCAGAGCGCACAGUUGCAAUCACACAUGAAGAACCAUAGUUCCUACACGCCUUACGGCUGCAAGCUUUGCUCCGAAGCCUUCCCGAAGCUGCACCUCCUCAAGGCUCAUCUCCGCAAUAAUCACGGCAACGAAAGGCCGUUCAAGUGUGACCUCUGCGACAAAGCCUUCAACAGGAAAUCCCACCUCAAGUCGCACCUGAAGACGCACAGCACGGAGAGACCGUACAAGUGCGAGAUCUGCGCAAAGACAUUCGUUGAUCAGCGAUACCUCAAUAAGCAUCUCAAAGUCCACACUGGAAUCAAGCCUUACAGGUGCGAAUACUGCGACCACAGGUUCUCCCAGCAGUGCUAUCUGCAGACGCACCUCAUGAUCCACACAGGGACCAAGCCAUACAGCUGCCAUCUCUGCCCCAAGAGCUUCCGACUCCAGGAGCACCUGAAGACUCACCUCCGCGUCCACAGCGGAAGCAAGCCUUUCGAGUGUACGGUGUGCUCGAAGCGCUUCACCCGCAAGGAUUCACUAGGUAUCCAUAUGAGAAUACACACAGGGGACUACCGCUACACAUGCGAGUUCUGCUCCAAGGGAUUCACUGAUCCAAGCAGCUUCAGAGCCCACGUCAGGUCGCACUCCGGCAUUAGGCCAUAUUCUUGCGGGAUCUGCGGGAAGAGCUACACCCAGAACAGCUCCCUUAAGGUCCAUAUGCUGAACCAUACGGAUUUGCAUAAGUUUAUGAAAGUUUCGGUUGGAGAGACUUCUGUGAAUCAGCUUCCUGCCACCUUCCCUGACACCGCAGGAGAUUCUUUGACGUACAGGGUAGAGGGUGGCAGUUCUGGUCCUUUAGAUUUGCGUGUGAAGCGGACAUAUCAUCACGGGAACUCCAAGGAUCAGGAAAGUGUAGCGGAAGAGACAUUACCUGAAGAACAGAGGAUUGGAGAGGAUUCAGGGGAGGAUAGGUCUUCACAGGAAGAUCCAUGGAUGGGGGAAGGGCGAUUAGAUGAAGAGGUAGAGGGGGAGGAGGAGCAAUUUAAGGAACAGCUUGAAAGUGAGGAAGAACAGUUCAGGGAACAGCCAGAUGAGGAUGAAUCGAUAGAGGAAGAAUUGUGGGUCGAAGGGAAACCGUUGAAGAAAGAGCCUUUGGAUGAAGAUUAUGAGGUGCCAGAAGACCUCGGGGUGGGGGAAGAGCCAGUAGGGGAGGAAGCAUCAUUAGAGGAAGGGCGAGGGUUUGGAGAAGCAUUAGUGAUAAAACAAGAGAGGGAGUCAUCGGAUGAAGAUGGGGAGGGGGAACAAAAUUUAGAAAUGUGGGAAGCGACAUUUGUGGAAGAGUCGGAAGAAGGGGAUGAGAAAUUGCAGGAACAGAGAAAAGUGGUGUUGGAUGAACAUAAUACAGAAGGGGAAGGGUCAUUAGAGGAAGAGCCAAGAGAGGGAGAAGGAUCAUUUUCGGAACAGCCAUUAGAGAGAAAAGUGGCAUUGGAUGAACAUUUUUCAGAGGGAGUAGAGUCAGGAGAAGAGCCAAGGGAGGGGGAAGCAUCACUUUCGGAACAGCCAUUAGAGAGAAAAGUGGCAUUGGAUGAAAAUUUUUCAGAGGGGGAAGAGUCAUUAGGAGAAGAGCCAAGGGAGGGGGAAGGAUCAGUUUCUAAACAGCCAUUAGAGAAAAAAGGGGCAUUGGAUGAACAUUUUUCAGAGGGAGAAGAGUCAUUAGGGGAAGAGCCAGGGGAGGGGGAAGAACGAUUACAAGAAGAGCAAGAAGAGGAGGAAUUAGAAGAUGACUCUACAGCAUGGAUUCCUGUGUAAAAAGAGCCAUCAUUUUUACAAACUAUGAAUUUUGAAAUAAACCCUUUUAAAAGUAAAGCUUCGUUUUGUGAGCUUAGUAUGUGAUGGAAAUUGAUUUUUUUUUAUACCGAUGUGUAGUACAAUAUCUAAGAAAUCGAGUGAGGCUGUUUAAGACUUCAUUAUGGGGGAUAUUGCAUAUAUUCAACAAUCUAGUUUAGAUAUUUUUUUUCUUCAACUUUUCAUUAAUUUUGGGCUCAUGGGAUACUUCAUGAUACUUUACAACUCAAUUCAAUAAUGGAUAGAUUAAUCAGUAAUGAUGAAAAUGAUUGUAAUUGUUUGUAGUUAUAGCUUCUUCUUUUUUUAUAAAAACGUAUACUAACUGAGAAUUAUAGUUAGAGGAGUUCAAUUUCAUUUUAGAUUACAAGAUAUCACAACUGAAUAGUAUGAAUAAUUAUGUUGAGUUAUGAUAUUGGCCUUGAAGAUUCAUUAUGACCGUCAUGCGUCGAAAUAUUUUUAUCUGAGUGUUAUUUUAGAAUUCUUUUUUUUUCUACAACUCAUUUUAACUCAAUUACAGUGAUCUCACAAAACUGCAAUUUUUUUAUAAAUGAUAUUUUCUGAGGGGUUUGAAAAUAGACUGUCAUCAAGUAUUUUGAUUGUGGUCAAUAAGAAUAUGAGCAAGAUAUUGUACAAGGUGUAAUAAUUUCCCUUUCUCUAUGGGGAUGUUGCAAAAAAUAUUGCAAUCACAAAUUUCAGAAGCAUAUUUACAGGUAAUAGAUCAAUUUUUACUAAAGCGAAUCAAUUUAUACUUAAGUGUAGUGUAUGUAUUGGUGACACAACAUUUGCUCCGGCUACAUUUGCUCCGGGCUUAUAGGGUUAGGGAUGCAAUAGGGUUUUAUAUUAGGUUGAGAGUUAGGUUUAGAAUAAUCCAGGGUUGAAGUUGGUCAUUCCGUUGAUGAGUGGAAUUUACAGUGGAGCAAUUGUCGCCAGCGGAAAUGUCAUGGAGCCGUAUGUAUUAUUGUGUAAAAUGAACAAUUAUAGACAAACUUUAUAAUGUGACUUGAUGAAUGGUGUAGCUGUGUGAAACUAUUAUUUUAGUCACAUCUGAAUGGAACUGAAGACAGUCAUUUGUGACAAGAAAGUCAUAAUAAAUAUGACUAGAUAUAUCGGUUGCCUCCAGCUGACAAAUAAACUAGUCCUUUUGACUGACUAGUUUAUUUUCAAGUGAAGCCCACAAAAUGUCGUAAUUGAUACGGAAUAUGAAGGGUAUUAAGAUGCUUGAAAUGACUCGGUAUUUUAACAUGAAAUUUGAAAUUAUGUAAACUUUUCUGUUAUUGUUGUAUACAUUGAUAAGUUAUUUAUUUGUUAAUACUGUAACUAUUUUUUUCCUACCUGAAUGUUGAAACUUUUGUUGAGAAGUUCUUAUUUUUUGAAAUAUCGUUGCUCAUACCGGUGACACGACAUUUGCUCCUGCGACAAUUGCUCCGGUCUUAAUAUCUCAGGGGGCAUAGGGUUAGAGUUAGGAUUGUAAUAGAAUUUUUUGUUAGAGAAUAAUGUAUAUAAAUAAGGAUGAGGGUUUAUUUAGUUUUGGAGAUUAGGUUUUAUGUUUGGCUUAACGUGCAGAUUUUCCACCAGAGCAAUUGUCGCCAUAGCAAAUGUCAUGGAACCCUCUUACCAAGACAGGAAACUCUCCCAUCUUGUACAUUUACUUGCUCAGUCAUAAAAGUUAUAUUCAAACACGUGUGAUUUGAACCCAUAAUCUACUUGCCAGGUAUAGUCAUUACCACUAGGCCGUUCUGGUGUGUGGAACAGUCAGUGCCUCUGCUAUUCUAGUUCAUUUUGACUCAAUUAAAAGGGUCUCGAGAAAAAUAACUCGGUAGAAGUGUUUUACAAUAUUGACGUAUAUCUGUGCUAAUGAUUUAAAACGGGUUUCAUUAGCCAACAUUUUCAUUACCCAAAAAUGUUGGCAUUUAUUUUAUAAACACGAGAGAUAAUGUUGAUAUAAUAUUUGAGUGAGCACACGUUAAAGUUAAGGUAAGGUAAAUGCUAAAAGUUACUGUUAAUAUGGUGUUCAAAAAAGAUGUCUUUUUAGUUUUUGUCAUCAGUGGUAUGCUCACUCAGACAUGAUAUGGCAAUAAAUUUUCUUUUUGCACAGAAGUUAUUCAUUAAAUGUAGGAAAACUUAUACAGAGUCAUGUUGGUCGAGCCAUUUCGCUGAAAAGUAUGUCAUUUUUAAUAGGCAAAUAUAUUAUUUAUUUCCUUUUUGCAUUAAAUACUGGAAUGAAUUAUCAUUCAAGAUUAUAUCAUGUAAAUCUGUUUGGUAAUUUGACAACUCAUUAUUGUUUUUCAGAUACUGAUUGAAGCAAAAUAAUAAUAAAAAUUAUACAAAAUCAUGUCAUGUAAUAUUUAUUAAAAGUUGUGCAAGUCUUUAUCAGGCUUAAGUUAGUAAUCAUAAUAUAUUUCCAAGAACAUUUAUUAAAUGUGAAAUGUAGAAAAAUCAAUGAGGUGCAUUGAUCAAGAAUGCUGAAAUGAUCAAUUUAUUUAUUGUUAUUUGCACAUUAAAAUUAGCUUAAAACAUUAACAAUGUAUGUUUUAUAUGAGGGGAAAAUAAUGUAAAAUUAGAUAUAGCGAUGUAGCCUUUGUUAGUUAUUUAUUUUAUUGUAUUCAGUAAUCUGUACCAUUUUCAGUAUUUUGUUUUCUGACACAGUAAUUACUGUUAAACAAAAUUAGCUAUUUUUUGUUUACAGUAAAGUGCAGAAAUACAAUGCACUGAUAAAAUGUAUGUGUUGAGGAUUAUGUAUGCAAUACUAAUUUCACUUGUAACUUGUGUGUAACAGUAAAGAUGAAUUACAUGUA